AUGCAACACAGGCCAGCACAUUCAUUAUCAACUUCGCAAUGGCGCCCAUCGCACGACGAUGCAUUACGACAAGCCAGACUGCUGUUUGCGUCAAAAGCCCGACAACAGUGAGUCACGUUUUGGCCUGUUUUGCGACAGUCGACGUCGGACUCGCAGGUGUUGUAGCCCCCAAUUACGUGCGCAAAAAUUAACGCGAAUUGUAGAAAAACAAAGCUUUCCAUGUCGUCUGUUUGGGCGCACGGGUAAAGAGUGUAUGUGUUUGUAACUAAAUAUUUCCGUAAAAUAUAGAAAGAUUAAGAUUAAGAGGUUUUAAGAUUCUCUCGUAUAUGGAGUACUUAAAUAAGUUAAGACUUUUUUCCAAUACGUAAAUUUCACUAAUGAAAUAACCGAUUGAAUUAUAGGAUAGAAUUUAGUUUUCUGUGCGAGGAAAUUAGUAUUAAUAUAAAAUUUGUAACGACAGUGUGUCCUAGCUCUUUCAAUAUUAUAAUUUGAGGAUAGGUAAUAGGACCUCAACAUGCGUCUGGGACUUCAUUGUUUGUGAAUUUCUUAUAAGCAUUAUAUUUAAUUAAUGGAUUUCUUCACAGGGUCUGGAAAGUAGACCGCAUCGUGAAAUAUUGUAUAUUAGGUGCACGCAUCUAGUGGGUGUAUUUUUUUGUGUCGUUUGUGUGUAAAUCCAUUGGAGAAAUGUCGUAUUUGAAGCGUAAUAUCGUAAUUGAAGUAUGCAAAGUUAUUAGUAAUUGAUAGGUGUGAUUUGAUGAUGCACAUUUAUCACAGGAUCUAAGUCGACCAUGCCUCGAAUUCCUGUAAAUACCGGGUGGCCCAAAAAAAAGUACUCCUGUUUGAUUUAUAAUAACUUCUAAACAAGUAAAGCUAUCAAACAGAAAUAACUUGCAUUAAAUAGAGGAAGGACUAACUUAGAUUUUGAUAUGUUACAGUUGUAUUUUACUUAAAAAUUCACGGAGAUAUUAAUGUUCAAAAUCGGGAGCAUAUUUUGGGAUGUGUCUAAAAUUAGCGAAAAUCGGCGUAUCAAAUUUCACUCCAGCGUUUGUUUGCUUAAUGACAUAUCAGGGUAAAUUGUAUUUCAGCGAAUUGUCGUUAGGGUUUGUAAGGGAUAUGGCGUAGAUUUAGACAUCUUACAUGUAACUCUUAACUUAUUGUUUCCUGAAAUAUGAACGUUCGAAAUUAUGUAAGUAUUUAAUAGGUCUUUGCAAACUUAAGGUACUGAAAGACCAUGCAAGGCAGGCGCUUCAAUUUUUCUUAAAUAACCUAUUUUUUUAUGUUUUUCAUGGGUUCAAAACAAAGUUGAUUAUUUCUCGAUUAGAGCAGGAUUAAUAGAUAUAAUAAUACUUUGUUUCAUAAUAAACAAUUUGUCAAGUGUCAUUUAUUUACUGGUAAUAGUGCAUGUUUCAGUCGGGCAAAUCUUGAUUAAUAUUUGAUACGCCGAUUUUUGCAUAUUUCAGACACAUCCAGAAAUAUCCUCCCGAAUUUAAAGAUUAAUAUCUCCGUGAAUUUUUAAGUGAAAUACAACUGUAAUAUAUCAAAGUCUAAGUUAGUCCUUCCUCUAUUUGAUGCAAGUUAUUUCUCUUUAAAAGCUAUACUUGUUUAGAUGUUAUUACGAAUCAAACAGGAGUACUUUUUUUUGGGCCACCCGGUAGGAAUUGAUAUUUAGACCUUCCACAGUCGCUUGUGAUUUUGUGUUGUGUAAUUUUCCUAUAGCACUAUUCAGCCACUGGUUUCUUAUAUCUUCACAGGAUCUGGAAAGUAGACCAUGCCGUUUUUUGCUAUACACAAUUACCAAUAUAUAAGACAUGCGACAAAACAUACUUCUCUAUAAUUUUGUAUAUACUAAUGACAUAUAAUUUUAUUAUACUGCAGCCCAAACAUUGUAAAAAUUCAAAUGCAUCUACAACAUUAGUAUUAAUUUGUAUAAUACGAACAUUCCCCUAGCCUGCGAAUACAGACGCCUCACAUUGGCCGAUGUGAGGCGUCUGUAUUCGCAGGCUAACAUUCCCCCUUCUUUUUCUCUCUUGUAAAUAUAGUUUUCUUCAAAACUUUCUGAUUUUACAUAUUGUAUUGAUUGAAUUAGCCCAAAAUUUUUGAAAUUAUUGUAAUACAUUUUAAGUAUCUUUUUUUAUACAUGGGGAAAUUAAAAAUUAAAAAAAAAACUAUCAAAGUCUCUUGACCGUGAAAACCUUGAGGCAAAGAGUGUAUGUUUCAUGUAAACUGAUAUUUCCGCAAAGAUUGGAAUAAGGACUGAACUCCUGAACUGAAUUCACGUAAAUUAUUGAUCUGACACGCUCAAAUUAGCCAUUCCGAAGUUGAUGAGAGGGCUGGGGAUGAGUGUUAAAAAGUGCCCAAAUUAAGAAAUGAACCAAAUCACUAAAAAGACCACCUCAAAAUUAGUAAGUAUACAAAGUUUGAAGACGUUUACAUGAAUACCCUUCGAAUAAUAAGCUUUCGAAAAUUGUGAAAUUACUGAUUAAAAGAUUGUUUUUGGGACAAAGAUUGUCAAUGGUACAUUACAGUACAUUUCAUAGUACUGAAAUAUCACGAUUUUUGAUAGCUUAUUAUUCGAAGGGUAUUCGUGUAAAUGCAUGUCUUCAAACUUUGUAUACUUACUAAUUCUGAGGUGGUCUUUUUAGUGAUUUAGUUCAUUUCUUAAUUCGGGCACCAGUUUAACAGUCGUCCCCAGUCCACUCAUCAAUUUCGGAAUGGCUAAUUAACCUCUGUUGAACAGCCAUUUAUAUUUUUUCGUUUUCUAGUUUACUCAUUCGUGUUUGCCAAGCAUUAAAAAGUCGUGCGUUUGACGUUCGUGAAACGGCCAGAGACACUCUGUCGAAAAUAACGAAUUCUCUCGGCAUUUGCUACUUUCCUUUCAUACUUACCGAAUUACGGAGUUCACUGAUAAAAGGCUAUCAGGUUUGUUUAUUUUUAUUAUAUGGAGUAGUGACGGAGCUUAGCAAAUUAAUAUUUUCACAUGCACAUCCAGCUUUUAGUGCUUGUUAUAAUAUAAAGGCUUGAAUAGCUUUAUUUAUACUGAAUAGCUUCCUAUAGGUCCAGUAUAUAAGAGUCAUCUCUUAUUGAUCCAGUGUUACUACAGGAGGAAACCUGAACUAACUUUAUCUAUACUGCAUGGAUAGCUCUAUCAGUUCUAAACUGUUCUUCCUAGAGGUCCAGUGGAGAUCGUCUCUUAUUGAUCCAGUGUUACUAGAGAAGGAAACCUAAACUAAACUAACUUUAUCUAUACUGGAUAGCUCUAUCAGUUCUAAACUGUUCUUCCUAGAGGUCCAGUGAAAAUCAUCUCUUAUUGAUCCAGUGUUACUACAGGAGGAAACCUAAACUAACUUUAUCUAUACUGGAUAGCUCUAUCAGUUCUAAACUGUUCUUCCUAGAGGUCCAGUGAAAAUCAUCUCUUAUUGAUCCAGUGUUACUACAGGAGGAAACCUAAACUAACUUUAUCUAUACUGGAUAGCUCUAUCAGUUCUAAACUGUUCUUCCUAGAGGUCCAGUGAAAAUCAUCUCUUAUUGAUCCAGUGUUACUACAGGAGGAAACCUAAACUAACUUUAUCUAUACUGGAUAGCUCUAUCAGUUCUAAACUGUUCUUCCUAGAGGUCCAGUGAAAAUCAUCUCUUAUUGAUCCAGUGUUACUACAGGAGGAAACCUAAACUAACUUUAUCUAUACUGGAUAGCUCUAUCAGUUCUAAACUGUUCUUCCUAGAGGUCCAGUGAAAAUCAUCUCUUAUUGAUCCAGUGUUACUACAGGAGGAAACCUAAACUAACUUUAUCUAUACUGGAUAGCUCUAUCAGUUCUAAACUGUUCUUCCUAGAGGUCCAGUGAAAAUCAUCUCUUAUUGAUCCAGUGUUACUACAGGAGGAAACCUAAACUAACUUUAUCUAUACUGGAUAGCUCUAUCAGUUCUAAACUGUUCUUCCUAGAGGUCCAGUAUAAGAGUCAUCCUUUAUUGAUCUAGUGUUAGUAAGGGAGGAAAACUAAACUGAACUAACUUUAUUAAUACUGAAUAGCUCUAUCACUAGUUCUAAACUGUUCUGCCUAUAUAGAGAUGGAGGACACCUAAUCUAAACUAACUUUAUUUAUACUAAAUAGUUCUAUCAGUUCUAACCUAGAGGUUCAGGUGAAAAGAAAAUGUUCCAAACACUAUAUAUAUAUAUAUAUAUAUAUAUAUAUAUAUAUAUAUAUAUAUAUAUAUAUAUAUAUAUAUAUAUAUAUAUAUAUAUAUAUAUAUAUAUACAGAGAUGAUAUAAUUUCAUGAUGUAAACAUCUUGCCCCAAAAAAGCAAAGGUGUAUAUUUUAUAAUAUAUAUAUAUAUAUAUGUACUAUUUAAAGCACGCGUAGGAGUGUUUUAUCACAUAUAAAACACGACGCGUAGCGGAGUGUUUUAUAUGUGAUAAAACACGACUACAAGUGCUUUAAAUAGCUUAAAAAACGACUCAUUUUAUACGAGUUCAUUGGCGAAGUAAUUUUUAAAAUAAACUUUGUCUAAACCGAAAAAAUCAAAGCUAAAGUUUAUGUAAAUUAACGUAAUUUUUUAUCACAUAUAAAACCACGACACGCUUAUGAUUUUUCUUUGUGUUUUGUUCCUGAAUUAUUAAUGAGUUUUUUAAAUAUAUAUACAACAAGUGUUACGCUUUCCUGUCUUUCCACGUUUAAUUUGUUUUAUUUUUCAUUUUAGCUUCACGUUCUGGGCGCGACGUUGUAUUACAUUUUGAACAAAUUUGAAGAAAAUAUUCCUGAUGGCGGACUGGACGUGUCUGUUCAAAGCAUAAUAGAGGUACGAUGUUCAUUAUAAUGUGUACGUCAUAUAUAAAGACGUUUGUGAUUGGCUGAAAUGCGUGCUCGAUAGAUCGAUUUAGAAAACACCGAUACAAACUGAAAGACGCCGCCUUCGAAACAAAGAAAUUCUUCAUAAAAAACAAAAAAGUUUGAAUAAUCUGUGGUACCAGGGGUGGUAUCCUCAACAGCGUUGUUAUUCUGAAUACAACAUUAAACUAAAGCUACGUUUACACUUGUAUCCGAGAUAGCAUUCCGACGUAAAAAACAACUAUCCGCACCUUUUAGGAACGCUAUAUUUUCAGAAUUCAGAGGAAUUAUUGCAACGGAAAGAUCUUGUUUCGCUCAGCUUUGAAAGUAUUCCGUAUAGGAUAGGUGCUUUUUCACGCCGCUACGGAAAGCUAACCCGCCUAUCCGGAAAAGUUUAAACGUAGCCUAAGUUUUUCGUGUCAUUGGAGCAACGUAAAUAUUAAUUAACCAGCUAACUGUAUUUUUUUAUUUUAAGGUUUUAACCCAAGAUAUUUUUGGGGAGCCUGCUCGCGAACGGGAGGUAGAUAAAAUCUCAACAAAAUUGCCCGAAGCUCGAAGUACGAAGAGUUUUGAAUGUUUUGAAUUGGUUGCGAAGAAAAUGAGCGCCGCCCAGCUAAUGGUCCUUAUUACGCCUUUGAAAGAG